CAUCACGCUGAAAAAGACGGGAGGACGAAGCGGGAAUUAGAAAGCGCUGCGGGUCACCGUGUACAUGCCGAGCGGCCGACGAUGUACCCGUCUCACCUUAUACGAAGAAUGGCCUGCAAGCAGGACCUCACUUGCCUGCGAUUCCUGCGCUGGACUAUUCUGGUGCCGCUCGUGAUUUACAUCUCGUUUCUGUUCGUCAAGUACAACAGAAACGUGCCCCUGAAAAGUCUAUCGAUCACUAACGAGAAGGACAAGGAGAGCUCCAUGAUGGACAAUUUGUUCUUCGAAUUGGAAGCUGUGACGAUGGACAAGAAGGAUCUGGCGAAGUACAAGGACGCUGGGAUCGAUCACAGGGACGACGAAAGCAUACAGGAGGUUGAGGAGGCGGAAAAUCGCGAAAAUCCGAGAACCCUUCUAGAGGAUAUUUUCCGGAGGGCCGAUACUGACGACAACCAACUGUUAGACAUUCAGGAAUUGGCCAAGUGGAUCCACACGAAGAUCACUGAACACAUAACUCGUGCUAUGCGAGAGAACGUCGGCUUGUUCACCGCCAUCGACAACAAUCCUAGAAACGGUGAGGUGUCUUGGGAAGAAUAUCACGCAUAUUUCCUGCGAUCUCAUGGUUUCUCCGAGAGCUAUAUUAAUUCCCAUGAUAAGAAACACAGUGAAAUGUCACGAUCGCUGAAGGAGAAUAUAAUGAGGGAUAGAGCACGAUGGGCCGAGGCGGCUAGAAAUGAUCCCGAGAAAUUGGCUUUGGACGAAUUUCUGGCCUUUACGCAUCCUGAGAGCAGUCACAGGGCUCUCUUGCAAAUGGUGGAGGAUCUUUUUGAAAAAUUUGAUCGGGACGGUGACGAACAGUUAACGGAAGAUGAAUUUUCGGAUUUGCCGUCUGAUGGAGUCGGCCUGGAUUUACGUGAGGAUCGGCAACAGUCGAUAGGAGGUAGCGAAGACAGGCGCAAAGAGUUUCGACAUUUGAUUGACAAAAAUAAAAAUGGGAAAGCCGAUCGAACCGAGCUUCUAAUGUACAUCGAUCCACGAAACCCCAGACAUGCCAUCCAAGAGGCCCAACAUUUGAUUACUCUGUCAGACACGAAUGUGGACGGGAAGCUGGAUCUUCCAGAAAUCCUCAGCAAGAUGGAUCUGUUCCUCGGCAGUAAGAUGGUAGACACCGAGAGAAGUUUCCAUGAUGAGUUCCGAUAGUUCUCACACGAGGACGAGUAAUGUUACAUUCGUGAAGAAAACAAAGGCGAAUUUAUUACAGUCUCAUUAUCAAUCGAAAAUCUCUAGGUAGACGGGCGAACGAAUAAUUCUCAAUGACAUCGGCUGAUCGCGACUUCGAUGGAAGAUUCAGCAGAAAUAUUUUUAAAUAUUCCAAAAGAAUCUCACUCGACAUUUCUACUGAAUAGACAAUAUGAUUUUCCGAUCGAUAACGGCAAUAUUAGACCAAUAUAGCUAAUCAAUCUAUUCGUGCAGGGUAUUUACUAGCGAUCUCUAACAGAUUUUCUUGUCAAAUGUUGGUCGUGUAUGCCGCGCACACGUGAGAAUUAUAGGCUUUUAGAACAUAUCUGUGAUAGUCUUUACGACGUAGAGUAUCGUUUAAGUAGACACAAUUACCAUAUACUUAUGACAUGUUGGCAGACUAACGUUACGUUAAUUCACGGUAGAUAAGCAAAUACUCGAUCGUUUACAGAGAGGAUCAGAGAUUAUCGAUAAUUACUUGCCGGUUGGACGAUCGACUGUAAAACGGAUGAAGGGUUGCGAAUCCGUCCUUUCGUAGUUUUCUAUCGCGAUCUCUCGGCAUUUCCCGUGCGACACGUUCGUAAAUUAUUCAGGAGAGUUGCUUUAGUUCCGAGUGAAAGUCAAUGAGAGAACGUAUAUUCUCCAUUUUGGAGAUUCCGUUGAAAAACUCGUGGGGAUCACAUGAAUGUACACGCAAUUUUUGCGAGAAAAAUAUCGAUUAUAUUAACACUAUGUGACACAAUGUUAUUGUACAAUAAUAUUGAUAUUAUAACGAUAAUGUAACAUUACAGUAAUACGCGAAUAUGUGUUUGAGUCUGAGGAUAAAAUGUUGCGAGAAAUUUACAAAUCUGAAAAAUUCGAAGCUGCGUCCGGAGAUGUGUAUCGGGGAUAUUCCGGUCGAAAUUUGAAGCACACGAGGCGUGCUCGUUUUGUUACAAGCCUCGGGAAAAUCUACGAAGAAUCCAAAUAAUUUGAUUGCUCACUGUCGAUGGAGCGCGUGACGACGUCUCCGUGACGAAUAACGGCUUAAUCUCUCGUUUUAGAGCGACAUUUCGUAUUCCUUCGUACACCUUAUAAGGAUAGAACUCGGUGUUCCUUCGUAGAGAAUUUUGUACGCUAGCGCGUUUUUCUAUAUUGUGAUGUGGCGUAAUAAAACCUGUUUAGAAACAAAUCGUCAGUACUGCCUAAUUUCAUCUUUCUCCGAUAUUACGCACCCGGAUAAAGAUAAAGCUAUUACAAUGUAACGUUACGAGAUACGAGAUUCCUAAUGAAAAAGCGAUAUUUUAACGUCUUUCAACAAUUUCGCGUGCACGACGAUGACGUCACAGAAGUAAAUCGGCGACUGUACUAUUCAGCCGCAACUGGAAGUAACUUGAAAGUGUACACAGAGAAAAGGAUUUCUUUGGAUCUAAUAAAAUUUCUUUAAUUGAAGCAAAGUCGCCUUGUAGAACAGAGCAAACAAACAAAUGUUUGAUUCAGCAAACAGGAUUAUUCGUUUAUCAAACAAUGAAUAUUUCUUUGCGUAAAAUAAUAUUUCAAUAAUACAUUCUUUCAAUAAA